GUUCUCAGCUCCCUCGGGUACCACGUGGUCACGUUUGAUUAUCGAGGCUGGGGCGAUUCAAUAGGCAGCCCAUCAGAGAUGGGAAUGACCUACGAUGCCCUUCAUGUCUUCGACUGGAUAAAAGCAAGAAGCGGAGACAACGCUGUCUAUAUAUGGGGACACUCCUUGGGUACAGGGGUUGCAACAAAUUUAGUGAGACGCCUUUGUGAGAGAGAAACGCCCCCGGAUGCCCUGAUACUGGAAUCUCCAUUCACCAACAUACGGGAGGAGGCGCGAAGUCACCCCUUUUCUGUGAUCUACAGAUACUUCCCUGGGUUUGACUGGUUCUUCCUUGACCCCAUCACGACAAGUGGAAUUAAAUUUGCAAACGAUGAGAACGUGAAGUACAUUUCCUGUUCCCUGCUCAUCCUUCAUGCUGAAGAUGACCCAGUGGUGCCAUUUCAUCUGGGAAAGAAGCUUUACAACAUCGCUGCGACGUCACGGAGUUUCCGAGACUACAAGGUGCAGUUUGUUCCGUUCCACACAGACCUCGGCUACCGGCACAAGUACAUCUACAGGAGUCCAGAGCUACCUCGAAUACUGCGGGAAUUCCUGGGAAAAUCUGAACAUGAGCAUCAUCACUGAAGACUGGCUGCUUGGCAGCACAGAGAUUUUUUUUCCUCUUUCCUUCCUCCCUCUCCUUUUCCUACCUGCUCCCUGUGGGUCAGUCUGCCAUUCUUCCAUCCCUGGCACUAGAGGAGGUCAGGGAUUCCCACUCUGGUCCUGAUGUCUACCCUUGGCAACUCCAGCUCCCGGCAUCAGCGUCUGUGAUGGUAGAAGAAAGAAGUUGUUGGCUUCUUUUUGUUGACCUGGACAGAGGGGUCAUAACAGCCCAGAAGCCAGUACCAAACCGUGACAAAUGUAAGCACAACAAAGCCUGGCCAAUCCAGCGUGGUACCGCUGAGGACAGACAUUCCUAGGACACGUGUGUCAUGACCAAGGGUGUUUCACUUUUAAACACUGCUGCUGGUUUUGGAUCACAUAGAGACUCAUUUGUAGGCGAAUGGCUUUUGCUGUGUCUCCAUACCACGGUUGUCUCACUUGAGUUUGAGGUGUUCUUUUUCUAGGAAAUACAUGUUUUGCUUUUCCUUUUCGCUAAGUGGCCGUAAUUACAAACACACGGAAGAUUCAGGUGGUGAGAGAUUUUUAUUUAGCUCUUCAGUCACAACAUGUUGCAAGUGUUGGGCUAAUUGCACACAUUUGGAAAUAAAAUGAAAGAUUUUU